AUGGAAACUUGGUCAGUUGAUCAGGUCUGCAGUUGGUUGGUGCAGAAAAAUUUAGGAGAACUAGUUCAUAGGUUUCGAGAGGAAGAAGUGAGUGGGGCUGCUCUCCUUGCACUGAAUGAUCGGAUGGUUCAGCAGCUGGUAAAGAAGAUUGGACAUCAGGCAGUUCUGAUGGACCUAAUUAAAAAAUACAAGCAAAAAACUGAGGAACUGCCACAACCGUCUGCAAACUCCAGAGUGAUAACCCCAUCAAAGCAAGCAGAAACAGUCCAUCACAGCAUUGAAGAGGACUUCUGUAAUUCCAUCAGCAAUGCCCAGCUGGAGGCAUCUUUUCAUCCAAAUGAAAAUCUUGAUGUUGGACUAGUUGACCAAAGGGUGCUAAAACAAAGAAAAAACGUGAAACAUCUUCUAGCAAGGAAUAAGGCCCUACAGUGGACAAAAUCCUACAUUUUACCGGAUUUCCCAUACGAUGUCAAAUGCAUGUUAGCUGAGCAAAAGUGUCCAGAUCACAGCAUGAGGAUAAGGAUCAUUGAGUUUUUACAGGCAGACAUGACGAAAUAUCUGGAAGGAUCAUUGUACCCAACUACCCAACAGUACAAUGAUGUUGUCAAUGCCCUGCUUCAGGCAUACCCAUUCCUUGAUGAAGAUGGCAGUGGUUUUUUUCUGUGGAAACGAGCACUCAAAGACCGCUUCAAAUAUGUUCGGAGACCCAUAGAAGAUGAUGAGCAGGUGAUGAGGAACAAGUGUAAAUUUGGCCACAGAAAAGGACAAACAAGGAAAUCUCUCACAGAAAUCAGGUGCGAAGAAAUUCAGAUUGUCCAGAUUAAAGAAGAAGAUGUUUAUUUAGAUUCUGAGGUAGAUGAACAUAUUAACUGGUUCCAUCAAGAAUAUGUCAAAGAUGAAAAGAACUGGGGAGAAAUUGACAACAGGAUGAGCCAGACUUUGGAAAUUCGAAGAAAGUUGAUUAACAACAAGACACCUCUGAAAGAAAUUCUCAAAAUGUUUCCUUUCUUGAAGUGUCCUUAUCAGCUGUUCAGAGAAUUCCAGCUACUCACCAGAACCGACAUUUAUAAGAAAACACGCCAGAUUUUGGAGACCUAUUCAGAAAACAUACUGACCUCUUUUUCAGUGGUGGAAAAUCCAAUCACUUCUAUGUUGCAUGAGAGAAUGAAGCAGUUUACAGAUGAAGACAUCCUGAAAUAUAUGAAGAUGACAGCCACAUGUUUACUUCUACCAGAUGUUUUUGGUGAUGACCCCACCCUAUUUGUUGUCAUGAAUGAGGAGGUGCAAGUGUCGACACCAGUCUUAAAAGUUAAAAACCCUUUCAACAUCAAUGCUUGUGAAUUUACUCUGUAUCUUGAAAAAGAAAAACUAACACAAGUGGAUGACUGUACUAUGGCGCUGGCUGCUUUCAUUGCUGCAUUCCAUGUGUUCGGUGUGCAGUACCCUAGAAGGUUGUAUCACACACUGAACUUUUUAGACACACUGAUCUUUGAUAUGAGCAGUCCACAUUUUCCUUCUAUGAGAGAAAUGGGAAAAAAUGAAGAACUUCACCAUCCACUCAUUUAAUCACACCUAAAAUACUGUCUUAGGAAUGUCUGUGAAACUUUAUUUUUAAAGGAGAUCGAUUUGUUGUUUAAGGGACAGAUACUAGAGUAUUGUUGACUGUAUAUUUAUAUUAGAGAAGUGUUUAUGGUAUCUGAGUUUUGUGCCUCAUUGUUUCUUACACUUUAAUAGAUUAAAGUUACUUUUUAUGACAUUCCAUACUUUAAUG